UAGGGUUUUAUUUUAUGUUUUGCCAACCUAAUUAGUUUCUACUUCUCACAAUUUCACUAGAAUAAAGCAUGGUCCACGUCCAAUGCGGGGAUGAACUAGGGUUUUUUCGUCGGAGCAGCUGAAAUAAGCCAAUCCAAGGCUUUCUUUUUUCAUUAUUUUUAAUUCAACUAUCCUAUGCACAAUCAUUCCCGGGCUACUCUGAAUUCUGAUUAUCUCCCUGACGGUGAUAGCCCCUUUCCUCGUGCUAGUCUGUCGCCGUUUAGUGCACGGCUGAUGUGUGUCAAAAUAACGGCCACAUCCCAUCCAACAACAUUAAGCAUAUGAAAAUAGAGCUAGUGAUAGAGGCCGAAAUUUAGUCUUCGGCGGUGUUCGCGUGGGGGCCUAUCUGUUGAAUGUUUGUACCUCUAAAAACUGCCGCUAUUCAUAUUCUUAUACCCAAUUAUAUUAGAGAAUUCAAAUAAGCUAGACUGUGCUGAUCACUAUAAUGAAUGAUUCAUAGAGAAAAAAGGGUUCAAGUUCGGCUAGGAAAUUAGUGAAAUUAAAAAGAUUCCAGAUCUCCAGUGCAUUGGUUUUUUUUUUCCUAUGAAAGCAGAAGCUUUUGUGUCUUUGCAGAGCAGAAAUAUAAAUGGGUUCAAGCUAUCUACGUUUGCUUUCUUACACUAAACAAUUGAGCUUUUAUGCCAACCAUGGCAACCACGAGCAGACUCUUUCUCUUUUCCACCACAUGCAGGCCUCACUAGCCCUUGGUUUAGACGCCCAUGUUUUCUCUCUUGUUCUCAAGUCCUGCACCGCCCUCCGAAGACCACAUUUGGGCAUUGCCAUCCAUGCUCAUUCCGCUAAAUCCUCCUUACUCUCAAGCCCAUUUGUUGCUUGUGCCCUUGUUGACAUGUAUGGAAAAUCUUUGUCUGUUACACUUGCACGAAAGUUGUUUGACGAAAUUCCCCAUAGAAGUGUUGUUGUGUGGAAUGUCAUGCUAUCACUCUACGUGCACGCAAACAUGUUAUUUGGUGCUUUGCAAUUGUUUGAAGCUAUGGAUGUCCCUCCAAAUGCCUCAUCCUUCAAUGCAAUAGUUGCAGGCUUGUCAAAAUUGGAGGAUGGAUUCAAGGCCAUUGCUUUCUAUAGGCAAAUGCAACAAUGUGGGUUGAAGCCUAAUUUAAUUACCCUUCUUGCUUUAUUACCUGCAAGUGUUGGAGUUGCAUCUUUGGACUUGAUUAAACAAAUUCAUGGUUUCGCCAUGAGAAACGAUAUUGGUGCUCAUCUUCAGUUAAGCAGUGGCCUUGUUGAGGCCUAUGGACGAUGUGGAUGUCUCUCUUAUGCACACAAUGUGUUUGAUAAUAUGACCGAAAGAGAUGUAGUUGCAUGGAGCAGUUUAAUAUCAGCACAUGCUCUUCAUGGGGAAGCCAGUACUGCUUUAAACAUCUUUCAACAAAUGGAAUCGUGUAAAGUGCAGCCUGAUGAGAUUACAUUUAUAGGGGUGUUGAAAGCUUGUAGCCACGUGGGGUUAGCUAAUGAAGCAUUGGAUUAUUUUAAUCGUAUGCAGAGAGAUUAUGGUCUACAAGCAAGCAGUGACCAUUAUUCUUGUUUAGUAGACGUAUUGAGCAGGGCAGGGAGAUUACAUGAGGCGUAUGACAUUAUUCGUGAGAUGCCAGUGAGGGUGACUGCUAAAGCUUGGGGAGCCCUUCUUGGGGCUUGUCGAAUUUAUGGAGAGUUAGAGCUGGCGGAGAUUGCAGGGAAGGCUUUGUUUGAAAUAGAGCCUGAAAAUGCUGCCAAUUAUGUGCUGUUGGCUAAAAUGUAUGCAAGUGUAGGGAGGCAUGAGGAAGCUCAAAGAAUGAGGAGGGAAAUGAAAGAGAGGAGAGUUAAGGUAGUACCUGGAAGUAGUUGGGUUGUUUAUCAGGAUUGAUUGAGAACGGUUGGUGGGUUCUUAAUGUCGUAUUUGAGUCUUAAUGUAGUAUUUGAGGAGUGUGUUUAUUACUUUAAGAAAUUAAAUUAAUAAUUUGGUUGAGACGUUUGAUGAUUCUGUCCAACGUAUCUAAGAUGUGAGGAUCUCAGGUAAAUUAAUAAUUUGGUUGAGAUGUUUAAUGAUUCUAUCCAACGUAUCUAAGAUGUGAGGAUCUCAUGAGAACAUACUCGGUGGAACAACAUUAACAUGAGUUAUGUGGAUUUGGCUCAGCUCUUAGUUUUAAAAGCAGUUUGGAUCGUUUGGAUCGAAGGAAUUAGGAUGAGAAUAAGAUUGAUGGUAAUUAAAAAUGCUUAGAAAUAAUAAGUGUAAAUAAAUUUAUGAAAAUUUAGGAUGUAUGUAUGUAUCUGGUUGUGUAUGGAAA